CGCCUCAUUGUCUCACGCGCAGGCAUUAGCGAGAUGAAAAAAAGAGCUGCGUACACGCGCACGUGUAGGAAGAGCUGCCGAUAAUUAAGAGCCGCUCCAUUAGCCUCCGCCGCAUGGGACAAUCGAGUCUCAAUGCGCUCUUCCCCUUAAUUGCGAGCUGCUGCAGCAGGCUCUCGAUCGAGAAAAGAGACUGGCGUAGAUGCAGCGGCGCAUAAAGGAUUUCUUGCCACCUGUUAGGCGGAAUAAUCAGCUCGCUGAAAGAGCUUCCUCGUAGCGUAUAGAUAGCGAUAGCGCGCCGCCUUUUUAUCGAUGCGAUCGUUUUACAUAAUUCGCCACGUCGCUCGGCCUGGCUCGGACGUUUUAAUUAGGGCCUUGCCGAUCAGCUGCUUUGGAUUUUUAAUCAAGCUAAGAGUUUGCUUUCCGUACAUGUAUAUUUCGAAAUAGGCGAGAGGGAUGAUUGAUUAGGUGGAAAUGGCUGACUAUUUUCGAUCGAAUUUAAAAUUAGAACCGACGCAUACAGCUGCGUACAAUAAAAAAAUUCGCUAAUUGCGUAACUGAAAAACCGCACGCUCGAGACUCUAUCCAGCGGCGGCGGCUCUCGUUUAUUAAUAAAUGCGUUUUAAUUCUUAAAGUUCGCUCGCGCGAGAGCCAAGCAGCCAAAGGAGAGCUUGUAUUUACGGCGGUUAACCCUCUUACAUCAAAGACGCUUUUAUCUUGAAAGCCGUACGGCCUGCGGUGUAAGACGCUUGAAGCUAGUGACCCGGUUCGCGCGCGCGCGCGUAAGAGUUUAAAAAUACAGGGAUGUUUAUGCACUUGCGAUGUCUUGACUUCUUUUACGAUGUCUACCCCCGCCACCGUAUAUUUUUAACGACUUAUAAUACGUCGUCGAUAUUCCUUCGAGAUUUUCUCUCGCGUGCAACAUACGGGGCGAGCUUUUCACCGCCUGAAGUCGCGCGAGCGCUUCGGGAACAAAACAAUUAUAGAAAAUCGAAAGCUUAACCUACAUCAGUCUCCCCUCUUCACCUAUCGAUUCAUCUCGUCGUCGUCGUCGUAAUUAAAUCGCAAAAACGUCGGUUUCGUGUCUAGUGUAGAAAAAAAAAAAAAAUAACGCGGAAAUGCACAGCCCGGAAGACGAGGACGAGGAGCCGGAAAUCGCGUCGCGAAUCUCGCAACUUCGGGCGGUACUGCAGGAGCUGCGCCUCGAGCUGUAUCGGGAAAAACUUAACCUCCAGCUCGAGCAUCAUCGCUCGGUCGGCGGCUCCGUCUCCGCUUCUUGCUGCUGGUCGAUUUUCAACUCCGCCGCUGCUGGCGGCAAAGAGGCCAGUCUAGAUCGGCAAAGCUCUCCGUCGAACCCGGUGAUCGUCGAGUCGGAGGAUAAAGCGGCGGAUCCGGACCUGGCGGGCUUCUACAAGAGCAAGAUCGACGAGCUCGAGGCCGACUGCUGCGAGGGUCUGAACCGGAUCCGCUCGAGGUUUACCGAGUCCUCGUCCUCGUCCUCGGGUUCCUUCGAUCGACUCAAGGCCUUCGACUCGGGUGACGCUCCGAGCGAACUGCAGCUGCUGCUGCUCGACUCAAAAUCGACCUUGAGGAAGGAGGAGCCGGUGGAGACGCUGUGGACGGCAAUCGACGAGCCAUUCAGCGAGGCCGACUUUUCGAGCUUGAUGAACGAGUGAACGAGGCGCGCGCCGCUAACGAGAGCCUCGUCGUCGCCGGCAACGAGAUCUAUCAGGAGCUGAUGCGCAAAUCCGACUCGUCCGCCGAGAGCAAUUUGGCUUUCUAGAUACAUACAUACAUACCUAUGCAUUAUCAA